ACAUGGAACUUGUCCAAAGUGUUCGAAACGCCCGCCCCGCGAUUCUCGCCUGACCAAACGCGACACGGAGCUCCACACUGACCGCUGCCUCUCAAACUGAAGUCUGGACUAAAGAGAAAAGAUUUAUGGUGGUCUGCAUGAUCUUGCUAUGUGGAGAUAAAUCUCAUUCAUCGCUUUUUUGAGGCAUGAUACACGUGUAUUUAUCAACACAUGAGGACGUUUGUUGAUUUUUACUGAUUGGAAUAAGAGAGCAGGAUUCGGAGUGAAGGAAGGGAAGAGGGAUUAGGGGCUUAUCCUGAACAUGACCAGUCCUUAAGGAGCCUCCGUCAAGCCAUAGGCUACUAUUGCCCAGAUUAUUACAUUGAAUUUAUUGCCUUUUAAAGACCUUUUAUCUCCCCCUGGAGAUUCCUGGCGAGUAAGCCGUUGGAUUUGAGUAUAUUUAAAAACAAAGGAUCAGGAGCAGAGGCCAGUGAGAGUGGAGGAGCAUGAGGAGAGUAUACAUGCAGGGAUAAAGCAACGAGCCUCCCUGCCACCUUACACUUCAGCAGGGUGCAGGUCAAAGGUUACCGAAUGAACUUGUAUUGGAAAAGCAUGUGAUCACAUUGAUUACUCAAGUUGGAUUAAGAGCAUGUAGCAGCAGACUCUCUGGACCAUACUAAAGGAGCACAUGGUUUCAGUCCUAAACCACAUAUCUGCAGUCUGAACUAAAUUUAUUUCUGAACUGAUUUUUUUUUUCUUCUUUUUUUUCAAAAGCACAAACCCAGAACAACUGUGAGGCCCAGAAUCUUUUACCACAUAUGCAGCCGAGGUUUUCAGGAAUUGGAGUCAUGCAUAUUUUCAGCUCACAUUUAUCUUCACAGAAUCUUUUUGGAUAUGAACAAAGACCGAUGGCCAAAACGGGACAAAGCUGAAUGCGUCUGCCUUUUGAGAAACUGUGCAAAAAAACUUUCCACUCAACUGCGGUUGUUAUUCUAAAGGGGGAUGCGUGUAUAAUUAGCUUUUUUUUUACAGUGUUGUCACCAUUUUUUUAAACAAAAUUUGUGGAUUCUUUUUUUCUGAUUCUGGAAACUUGCUUAUUGUACCCGGAGAAGCCAUGAACCUGGGCAAGCUCGCCAGCCUGAAGGGCCUGGUUUCCCACUCCUCAGGAAAGCGUCGAUUUAAAGGUGACCUCACCCCAGAAAUGAUCAGCCCCCCGUUGGGUGACUUCCGCCACACCAUGCAUGUGGGCCGUGGAGGGGAUGUGUUCGGGGACACCUCGUUCCUCAGCAACCAUGGUGGAGCAGGAAAUAACACAGACGGAGACUCUUGCACUUCAGAGAAGAAUGAGGGAUUCUUCUCCCGCACGCUUCGCCGUGUCCGCAGGACCCCCGAAAGGCCCCGCGGCAGCUCCAAGGACCUUUCACCCCCACCACCACCCAUUUCUCCAAUCAUAAAGAAUGCCAUUUCCCUCCCCCGGCUGGACGUGGACUCACCCAACGGCUGUCCUGUGAAAGUGCUUUUCCCUAGUCCACCCAAAACACCAGAGACCUCCACAUACUUGUACGGUUUGGAGUCUGGCUUUGUAACCUUGCCGAGACUGUCCCGCACUGAGCGUCCAGCCCAGGGCAGUUCUCCAUCAGCCUGUCUGCCUGAAAUCCACAGAGGCUCGCUCACAGACACGGGUAUCCCGUCCUUCCCCUGUUCAGACUCCAUCAGUCCUUCUGACUCCAUGAACUCCUUCACUCUUGACCUGGGCCCUUCCCUCAUGUCUGAAGUCUUUGCCCUGAUUGACAGCCCUGUGUGUGAGAAGACUGAUCCCAUCAGCGAAAAAACACAGGCUACCGAUGAUAACUCUGAGGUGGACUCAGACCCAACCACAUCUUUGGUGGACUCUCUCCUGAGAGAAGACUAUGACGGUAGGACACGGUUGUAUGGAGGAGAGUGGAAGCAUUCAGACUUUGUAAAUGGUGAGUCACCCAAAAAAUCCAUGCUGGGGGAUCAGAUGCACCCAGUCUCCAUUGAGGAUCACUGCAUGCAGCCGGAGAGUUUCCAGAGGGCUGCUGAUGUGCUGGCACGUCAUUAUGGGAGUGGAGGACUCAGGAAUACAAACAACAACAACUCUCAUAGGAGAGGACCAUACAGCUAUCCUGAUGAAGAGGAAGAAAUCAAAGUCUAACACUACGAGAUGCCUAACAUCCAAAUACAGCAGUUUUAAAGGGAUACUUUAAAAGUCAAAAAUGAACAUUCUGUCAUAACUGACUCGUGAACCAAAUCAAUUCAGUUUUUGAACGAAUCAUCCAGACUGGUUUUCUGUAUUUGAUAACCUGAUUCAUUUAAAAGAUUCAAUGUUCAGUACUUAAAAGAUUCAAUUCCAUGUUGUUUGGUUCCCAACAUUCUUCAAAAUAUUUUGAAAGAAAUGCUUGGAAGGUUUGGAAUGAGAUCAGGAUUUUUCUUUUUGGGUGGGUGGGGGUACCUUUAAUAACAAUUAAAUAAUAAACUGUAAAUGUAACAAUAAUUAAAUGUGUUCUGUUCCUCACAGACAGCUAUGGUAGGACUCCAGGAAACUACUUGCAACCCAAAAGUGAACGGGAUUACUUUUGUUAAAGUUUUGGUGCUUUUUUGUCAUUUUGGAGUGUACAGUUCUCAUUCAGACUCGUUAUGUGGAAAAGAGCACCAUAUUCACCUAAGAUAUUCACCUAAAAUUUUGGUUCCUCAAAAGGAAGGUCUUACAAGUUCAUAAUGAUAUAUUUUUUUGGAUGCACUAUUCCUUACAAUUUGGGGGAAAAUGAAAGCGGAUUAUUUGUUAUUUACCCCUUUGCGUACAUAAGAGUAAAUCUAUACAUUUUCUAAUAUUGGACAAGAACAUACAUUUUGGCAUCUCAAAUGUUCACCUAUAUUUGAUCCUACCUUCUCAUUCCUAAAAUAUUAGAUUUGAUCCAGGGAAAGAAAACCUGCCACAGUAGCUUUGUAAUGCACAAUAAACACAGCUAGCUAUACAGUGAUAACAGUAUACCAUUAAAAUACGCAAAAUUUGAGUUUACAGUAUUUCGAUUUCAAGUAAACCUCAAUCGUAUGUAAUUUACAGUGAUACCAUGUAGAAGUACAGACAUAUACUAGCUAUCUUGUAUCUAAUACAAGUGUAUCUAACACUUAGCAUUUUGCAUUCAUGUAGUUGUAAUAGCUCAUAUUCCCAUUGUGAACACUGUGUGGCAGUUUAAUUUUUAAAAACCAUUAUUUCCUUGGAAAACAAGCAAUCUUUAAAAGAUAAGACGAAGACCCACUGGUCAAUGUGAUGCACAAAGCUGUGAUGUGCUUGUAUGUUUUCACAUUAGCACAAACAAAACAGAUAAAACAACCAACCAUGACUUUCAUUUUUCUUUCAUUUAUUACAUGAUAAAUAUCUUAGGAGCAACACAGUAUAUAGUAACAUUAUAUGAUGCCCAACAACUUUUAUCAAUGUAUUAUGAAAUGAUGAUUAAAUAUCAAUAUGAAUUUUGUUUGAAUUUACGUUUUAUUUUGACAGUUAACCUCUCAAUUCCCUUAAUCACAAUAUAAUAUCUACAUACUGUACGUACGAGCGGCUUUGCACAAGAAAUUUACAAAAUAGCAAUGUAUGUUACCCUUCAAUGACAGCAAUAAAGUUUCAUUAAAAGAA